CUUCUGCUAGUCCUUUCUAAGAAUGUCCUCCUCAAAGCUGUAUAAGAUUAACUUCGAUGUUACUCUCCAAGUUUCUGGUUGCUUGUCUGGCCUUUUUUUUGUGGCUCGGACGGGCAUGUACUUUUGGCCCUGAGUGUCCAGCUUCAGCAGUCUCUCUUGGAGCUUCUAGAAGUUUAUCUCGUGUCAUCUUCGAAGUCAAUGCAGAAGUUGGCAUCCGUCGGCUCAACUUUGGUGUAGUGAAGGUUCCAUUGGAGGCCUACGCCUUCGAGAUUAUCGCCUUUUUCUUGAGUCUUUUUCUCAUUGUAUAGUUUUUAGGUGAACUGCCAACUGGGCUGCUCAUAGAGUGACACAUUAAGCCUUGUUGCUGUCUCAGAUAGAGUUUACUUCUUUUUACUUUGUAGGGUGACUUGUUAGUGGGAUGGGUAGGGAUUGUGGGUAGUAGUUCUUUCUAACUAUUGUCUUGACAUUAAUAAGGGGGAAAAAAACAAAAAUGAGAUAAUGGAGCUCCUUAAUGACAAACUUGCUUAAAUUAUUUCGUAUCGAAUUCGAGAUUAAAGUGAGCCUCAGAUUAUUGAUUGAGCGUUAUGAUAUAAAUAGAUAAUGAACACAUAUUGUUGUAUUUUUUCUCUCUAUAAUUUCGUAAUUUCUUAUCAUAACAUUAUAAAUGGAAAGGAAUCACUAAUGAGAGACUUUACACAUAUUGAACACUCAUCCAUCAAAUUAAACAGACUUAACAAAACGUUAUAAUAAAGCUCCUCCUUUUUACUAAACCCCACGAAAUAAUUGAGCUAAUGGAGGGCCAUUUGUUCAGUUAAAGAUGCACAAAAUCAGUAAAGCCCCAAAUCAAGUGUUGUUUUAUGCUAUCACAUUUUGUGUCGGCAAAAUGGGACUCUUUUAUUUUUCAAAAUGGCUCUUUUACCAGUUAAUGGUUUUUUUUUCUUGGUGAAAUUUACAGUUACAUACUUUCACUUUUUAGCAACGACUUCCACUUUCCACAUAUAAAAUGUUCUUUCUCAAUUCCCACUUAACUUAUUGUUGGAUCAAAAAAAUUCCGGUGAUUAAUUGCUGGAUCGUUUUCAAUUGUCUACAGCAAAUUAAUUGGACUUUUAUCUCAAUUUUGAAAUAAACUUAAUGCAUUAAAUAUCACAAAAUAUGGUUUAUAGUAUACCGAUUACCAAAUAACAUGUUAUCUUAUAACUGUGGGAUCAGGAAUUUGGAUUACAAAAGGUACAAUAUAUUUUUUUCAAGCUUGAAACUACUACAAAAUUAUUUGAGCCUUGACGCAUGGACGACUCGCUCGCGUUCCUUCUGUCUGAUGCCUAUCUACACACACGAGCACGGAGGGGGCGCCUGGGCCCGUUAACCCUCCAACGAUCAAGUCAGUGUCGUAGAGAGAGAAGUGCUCAUAGAGUAAGAGUUUAGUGAGAGAGUCCAACCUGUGUAAAUGCUAUCAACUGCCCCUAUUUAUACUCACCGAGUUCGAGACUGAUCUCCUCCACGUCACUGUCUCAUUUAAUGCCCUGUACCCUCUUUGUCAGAUACCUCAACCACCUUGUCAGGCUUCUGACGCGUGUCAGGCCCCCGCAGGCGAGGGACCACUUGACAGUCUGGCCUCCCUUGGCUUUUAGUGUUUUGUCCUCAUGCGCCCUCACCUUGCUUGGGCCUAGAGAGGGCUUCACAGACCCAUUCGCGGGCCUUGCCCCCAAUGUUGUUGCUUGGAGGCCCAGCCCACUAUUCGUCGGGCCUCAAUUGUGGUACCCAACAAAAAUGAAUGAUAUUUUUUUGAAAGAAAAGAAUAAAAGCAAUUGCAAAGACUAAGAAGACCAUUAACUCUUCUAGAAGCUAUUGAUUCCACGAAAAUUUACAAAAUCUUGUGCUCCUAAAGUUUUAAUAUUUAACUUUAAAUCAACACGAUGGUGGUAGUCCAUUUUAUAAUUUUAUCAUCCUUUGUAUUUUAUAAAUUUUUGGAAUAGAGAAUAAAGAGACGUAGGUAUUCAAUUAAUAUAUUUUCAAGAGCACAUAUGGGUUGAUCAGUUUUUUUAGAGAAAGGAAAGCAAUAUUCCAGCUGCCUCGGUUUGUUAUGGGAAAGAGGAUGGAAGAAGAAGAAGGAACUUAUCACCAGCAACUCAAGUGAACCAUUCAUGCCAUUAUCAAACAAUUUCACUUGGAAAAAGUUGCUGGAGAACCUGAUUCUAUGUUUAAUCAAAAUUAGACUUGAUCUCUUUAGUUGAUACAGCCACAUUCCUAGGCUUAGGAAACUGACGGAUUAUACGUACCACAUGUUUAAUUGUCUCUAUUAUAAUCAACCGCAUCUAUAUGAUCCCAUGUAUAUGCCAGCCUCUUUGUCAAAAAGAAAUAUUUAGUAAGUACGUCGUUAAUGAAUCACAUGAAACAUAUGCCGAAACUUUAGUUUCAGGGUUUUACCACUCAAUAUGAUUCAAUCGGAACAACAAGCAACGAAAAUGGUGGUGGCACAUAGAAGCUGGGUUUUUAUUUUUGCCUGUGCUUCUUAAUCAUUUGUUUAAGUGGAAAGUGAAGUGAGUGAAGAAAGGAGAGGAGAUGAGGGGAUUAGCAUUACAGCAGUCAGCAGAGCUCUCUCUCCAAUAAUCUGUGUUUCUUAGUAUUGAAGGAAAUCUGGCAAAUGGCUACGUGGUUGCACUUCCAUCUGGGCUUUUCUUCUUCAACGACCCAUUCUCGAAGACUGUCUUCUUUGGUUUUGCUCCAAAAGAACUUUUUAGUGAGUGAAACUAAAAAAGUCGGUGGAUGUACGUGGUGUCAAUUUUAGACGCCUUCAACAAUUAUAAAUCGUAGAACGCAUGGUUAGGCGAUCAUAAGAUCAAUGGAAUGUCCUGAUACCAAGUGAUGUUAGGGUCGAAACUGAUUUUUGAAGAAGUUGAAUAUUGAAAUUUAUGAUCUAUGCUAUCGUUUCCCCAGUUUUUUUUUUUUUGUCCUUGUGAGCCAUUCUACCUUAUCCUUUGACUAGAUGGGGUGUAAUUUAACGAGCAACCUAACAAGUUUCACCGAGAAACACUGUUAUCUCUGAUGACGCUUGCAAUACCAAUCCAAUCGCAUGAAAUCCUUUCUAUAGCAGACAAUCAAAAACGGAUUUUACGAAAAAAACAAUUUACACGCGAUAGAGCUGACACGACGACAAAAUAUGAAUUGUUCGGCAUAAACAAGUAUCAUAUUGCGAUUUGUUCGGCAAUAUUACUAGCAGCAACAACAUGAGCAUUAUCUGUACAAUGUAUGGCUAAGAUAUUAUCAAAGUGGGGAAUUAAUCCAUGAAUUAUUAGAUAAUAAUGGAGCUGUUAGUGUUAAGGAUAUUCUUCAAGAAUAUGGGCAGAUUAGGAAGGUGAGCCACAGCAAUUUGCAGCCCCCAUAGGAUGAAAGAAGAACCAGAACCCACACUUUUUGCAGAAAUUCAGAUAGAAAUGAGUCAUGCAACUUAGAACAGUGAAUUGAUUCUGUUUGCCACUAUGCUUCACCAUUAGAUGCCCUGCUGAAUCAGCUUCAGAUGUGAGAAUAUUGAGGCAAGUUUAUAACAAAACAUGGAGAUAUUUUACCAGGAAAAAGGAAGCAGACAGAAAACCUCAAUAAUACACUGAAAAGAGGGCUUAAAAAGAAGAGAAAAACAAAAGAAAUGCCUCAUCAUCUCCCUUCUACAACAUGCUCAGUAAUUUCCCCCCCUCUGUUUUCAUAUAAUUGGAUAGAUACUUGAAUAAGAAACUAUAGUGGUUAAAUGUUUAUAGUACCAUUCAUACCUAUAGGAUAAAAUACAUGUUCCUAU